AUGUCAACGCCGCACAUGCAUGCUUAUACUCCGGUCAAACUUCCUCACCCUUACCUUACCUCCUACCAAGUACAAUGCAUCGACGACAAGCGUAUCCUCUCUUUUGAAGGACAGCCUGAAUCAGGGAGGCCUCUGCCAAAGCAACUACAUCUUGCAACGUUAUCGUGGCGCGAUUUGAGCUUUGGGGGUACGGAGCUUCCAUUGACCAACGACAAUAGCUCAUGGGCGCGAGCUCGUCGCAGCCCUCACACUAUCUUCCAAUGGACUGAGGAAACACCGACGUUGGGCCAGAUAUGGGGAAUUGUUCAUGCGAUAUUCUUGGCUUAUCCGACCAAUGAGUACUUCCGCGUGAAACUGGUUGGAACAGGCGAAGAAAUCAUUCGGACGGAGCUUCUGGCAACAGGCCUUGGUGUUGAGCACCCGAGACCAUGGGGUGCUUUGGAGCAUUUCACCAAGGAAGAGACAAAAGAAAUCUUGAUUUCCCGAAGCGCCUUCUGGCAGGGCGCAGCUUCUCCCUUGGGCCCACGUCCUAUCUGGGUGGUUGGCGACGGCACAGAUGGCCCAGUAAGAGAACCUCUAUCGCAAUAUCCCGCUUGGCCAGAAAAUUUUCAGUUUACGAACAAGUUCCCCGAAGAACCGGUGUACGCGCGCCACCCAAUUCGUCGCCCCAAGCCCCAUCCUGGAUCCAUUGCAUACAGUCGCUAUAUUCCGGAAGUUGACGAGCACUUUUCGCUCGAGGUAGUGAAUUGGGAAGACCCAGAUCAUCUACAACUCUUCAAUACUUGGCAGAAUGAUCCCCGCGUUGCGAAGGGUUGGAAUGAGACUGGCACGCUUGAUGAACAUCGCGAGUACCUGCGCAAACUCCACUUUGAUCCCCACGUCCUGUGUCUAUUCGGACGUUUCAACGAGAGUCGCUUCUCCUACUACGAACUUUACUGGGCGAAGGAGGACCACUAUGGCGCUCACUACAAUGCUGGAGACUAUGACCGUGGACGCCACUCCCUUGUUGGAGAUGCGUCAUUUCGCGGUGCGAAGAGGGUAAACGCAUGGUAUUCCAGCUGUAUCCAUUACUGUUUUCUGGACGACCCCCGAACUGCAAAUGCUGUUGGCGAGCCCCGCGCCACUGGCUCAACCAUUCUCUCCUAUGAGAACUCACAAGGCCUGACUAUUGGUAAGUAUGUGGACCUUGGGCAUAAAAGAUCUGUGCACUCGAUUGUGAGCCGAGAGAAGUGGUUCCAGCUGUGUCCUAUCUUUUGGGAUGGGCGCGAACGGCCAUUAGAAUCUGCGGAUCGCGCAGCUUGGAAUGCGAAGCUCUAA